AUGUGCUCUGUACUAAUUUACAAACGACGGCCCACAAAGCUAGCAGCGGAGCACAGCGCCCGGCAGACAGCAUGCCCAAGGAAAGCCACUCGAUUGCAAGCGGUGGCAGACCGCUUGACAGCCGAGGCGUCCCUGGAAGCCACCAUACACACCAACCAGAUCAUCAGAGACGGCGACUUCGAGUCGAGCCUCGUUGCGGAGCAGGCCAGCAAAAGGGAUCCAGAGCAGCCCAGCCUGGCGUCAGUGCUGGAUGCAUUCAACCCGGCGACGACCACGGUGGAUGUCUGUGUGGUGGGCUGCGGACCUGCAGGCUUGGCGCUUGCAGCAGAGUUGGGAGCCAAUGGAGUCUCUGUCGCCCUCAUAGGUCAUGACGUGCCCUUUGUGAACAAUUAUGGAGUCUGGAAGGAUGAGUUCAAGGACCUGGGGCUGGAGGGAACGCUGGAUCGCGAGUGGGAGGACGCCAUGUGCUACUUUGGGGAGGGCCGGGAAGUGCGCGUGGGGCGAGGCUAUGGCAGGGUGUGCCGGCGACGGUUGCGGGACUUGUUGUUGCAGCGGUGCAAACAUAAUGGCGUGCGCUUCCGAGCGGGCGAGCUGACGCGCAUCGGCGAAGCCGACAGCGGCGCAGAGUUUGUCACGCUCACACUGGCAGACAGGACCACCGUCCGUACCAGGCUGGUGACGCUGGCGGCGGGUGCAGCUGCCGGGAAGUUUCUGCAGUAUGAGGAGACGGCGCCAACGGUGGCGGCUCAGACGGCGUACGGCAUAGAGGUGGAGGUGGAAGGCUAUGAGGAUGCUUAUGACCCAUCCUCGAUGCUGUUCAUGGACUUCCGCCGGCACCACUCCGGCACAUGGCAGGGCGCUGCGCACAGGCUGGUCCCUGGGGAGCACCCGGUGGCGGGGGAGGGCCUGUGGGGAACGCAGCGUGAGGUACCCUCGUUCCUGUACGCGAUGCCGGUGGCUCCCGGUCGCGUGUUCCUGGAGGAGACCUGCCUCGUGGCCAAGCCGGCGCUGCCCUUUGCCACCCUCAAGCGCCGCCUGCUCCGCCGACUACAUGCCAUGGGCGUGACGCGGAUCAUAGAGGAGGAGUGGAGCUACAUCCCGGUGGGCGGCCCGCUGCCGCUGGGCAGUCAGACAGCCACGGCGUUCGGCGCGGCGGCUAAUUUAGUGCACCCGGCCACGGGAUACUCGAUCGCGCGCAGCAUGCGCGAGGCACCCGGCCUGGCGCGCGAUGUGGCGGCCGUGCUCCGCCGGCGGCUGCCCGUGCGCGCCACCGCCGCCGCCGUGUGGGACUCGCUCUGGCCCGCCGAGAAGCGCCGCCAGGCGGCGUUCCACGUGUUUGGCAUGGAGCUGCUGGCAAAAAUGGACCUGUCAGCUACCAACGCUUUCUUCAGCACCUUCUUCCGGCUUCCAGACUUCUAUUGGCGCGGCUUCCUCGCGUCGUCGCUGACUAGCGCUCAGCUCAUCGCCUUCGCAUUACUCACCUUUGUGCUGGCGCCAACUCGGAUCCAGCUGGCGCUCAUGCGCCACCUCAUCACCGACCCGGCAGGCUCCUACCUCAUACGCCAUUACCUUGGUAUUGCUUUGCUCUCCUUGACUAAUUCUGACUUUCUGUGCAACACUAGUGUACUGUAG